GAACAUGAUACGUACAUGGGUUUCACUGCCCUCCAAAUGCACGUACACCAGAUGAAAGAGCUAGAGGUUGGCAUCCUCUGUUCCUCUCUCUGACCAGCAUGCAAAUUGGAGGGUGUCAAGAAGGUGUCUGGUGGUGUUGAUGAUGUAUGCCUUAAUCUUUUCAAGAGAUUUAAUCAAGAGAGAGCACUUCAAUUCCACCACUCAAAUGACAGCCCAGUCUUCAAAGACAGUGCUGUCCCUGGACUCUGAGGCAGUGUUCUCACUCAAAGAUGGCAUCAACUUUAAGAAGAGCCCAGAUGAUGGCAAGUGCUACAUCAUAUACAAAGAAAAUGGAGAGCUGAAGGCCUGCAAGAACCAAUGCAAACACCAAGGAGGCCUGUUCAUCAAAGACAUAGAGGACUUAGAUGGAAGGACGGUCCGAUGUACAAAACACUACUGGAAGCUGAACGUCUCAACUAUGCAGUAUGUGAACCCUCCUGACAGCUUCACACAGGAUGAGCUGGAUGUCGUGAUGACAGACGAGGGUGGUCUUCAGCUCGUGGAGGUGAUCGUCUGGGACCCCUGGUUGGCAGACCCACAGGAUCCACAGGAACUGCAGGAGGGAGAGGUGACUGUGACCUACCUUACCCAUGCAUGUAUGGAGCUCCAGCUAGGGGGGAAGAAGAUGAUAUUCGAUCCCUGGCUGACGGGUCCGGCCUUCGCCAGGGGCUGGUGGCUGCUCCAUGAGCCACCUGCUGACUCCAUGGAGAGGCUGUGCAUGGCCGACCUCAUCUACAUCAGCCACAUGCACUCCGACCACCUCAGCUACCCAACCUUAAAAUCCCUCUCUGCGACGAGACCCGAUGUUCCUAUUUAUGUUGGCGACACAUCAAGGCCAGUGUUCUGGAUGCUGGAGAAAAGGCAGGUGCAGCUGACUAAUAUCAACGUCGUUCCCUUUGGCAUUUGGCAAAACAUUGAUGAGCACCUCAGAUUCAUGAUUCUGAAGGAUGAAGUGCACCCUGAAUUGGACACCUGUAUCAUUGUUGAAUAUAAAGGUCAUAUGAUCCUCAACACGGUGGACUGCACCAGGCCAAACUACGGCCGACUGCCCCACAAUGUAGACCUGAUGAUGAGCGACUUUGCUGGAGGGGCGUCUGGCUUCCCCAUGACCUUCAGUGGAGGAAAAUACACAGAGAGCUGGAAAGCCGAUUUCAUCAAGAAUGAAAGGAAGAAGCUCAUGAACUACAAGGCCCAGCUGGUAAAAUCCUUGCAGCCCAAGAUCUACUGCCCGUUUGCCGGUUACUUUGUCGAAGCACAUCCCUCAGACAGGUACAUUAAGGAAACUAACACGAAAAACAAAGCGGAGGAGCUCAAUGCCCUGAUCAAGAAGAGCGCUCCAGGCAUAACAACAUGGACACCCAAGCCAGGCGCUGUGCUCGAUCUGGCCCUGGCUCUGAUGAGCCCCAGCCGGAAAGCCAUCACCGACCCUCCAUCCGGGACAAACAUCUAUAAGGACAGUUGGGACUUUGAUUUGUACGUGGAUGAACUGAACAGGGCCAUCACCGCUGAGAUAUUUAAACAUAAAAGCUGGAUCCAAUUUUAUUACAUUUGGGCAGGGUUUAAAAACUACAAUCUAGUUGUCCGGGUCAUAGAGACAGAUGAGGACUUCAUUCCGAUAGACAAUGGCUACAACUAUCUGGUGGACUUCAUGGAUCUGUCCUUCCCUACUCAGAGGCCCACUAGAGAGCACCCUUAUGAGGAGAUCAAGAACAGGAUCGGAGUCAUGAGGCACGUGGUGAAGAAUGGCCUUCUUUGGGACGACUUGUAUAUCGGCUUCCAGAACCGUCUGAGCAGAGAGCCAGACGUCUACCACCACCGGUUCUGGAACCACUUCCAGACAGAGUUGCCAGUCGCUGGGCCGGACUGGGACUUGUUCCUGCAGCAGGUGUCAUCAUACCAGAGGUCUGCUGAACCCCAGGGAAUCCAAACAGAAAGUGUCUCUGCUUCUACAUUGUCUUUGAAAAAAGCAGACUGUACUGUCUCAUGAGAACCAAGCUUUGUGCCUGCAUCUAUUAAUGAAUAAGAAGAGCUGCUCUCCCUGUCACUGUAGGCACCACCAACCUCCAUGUGCUACUGAAAAAGGGACGUGGCUGACAAGAUUUAAUUUCUGAAUUGGUUCAUUUAGGGUUCAUUUUCAAAAAAAUUUUUUAGUGUAAUGGUGAAAUCUGUUAGCAUAAGCGUCUAUUGUUGCUUGGCAGGUCUGUAUGUAGGGGACUAGUACCAAAAAGUAGGAAAAUAUAUGCACUCACUACUAUGUGGCUCUGGAUAAGAGUGUCUGCUAAAUGACUAACAUGUGAAUAUGAAUAAACCUUAUCAUUGAUUAU